CCAAACAAGCUGUUAAUGUUGAGGAUUGAAGGUGCGGAAGUGCUCGAGUCCAUCCCUAAAUUCUUAAACCUUAGUUUCCUCAUCUCAUUUCUCUCCACCUUUCAGAAAACCUUAAGCAUACCCCAAAUAAAAGCAUAAAAACCAGUCUAAAUUCAUCCUAUACACAGCCAAUCUCAAAAUCCCCAUAAACAUAGAUAUCCAUUAAACUUCACUCAGUCAUUCAAUUUAACUAAUAAAUGGCGUGCAGAGUUCAACACUCCAUUCAUAACAGUCUAUAUUUCUUAUCUUCAACCCCUUUGCGCAAUUCUUUUAAUAUUAGAAAGUCUGAUUUCAAGAAUCGAAUUAACUUUGGUAAAACUUUGCUUUCAUCUCCUUCUUUUUCAAGAACUGCACUUUACUGCACUUGUAGCAGCAGUAGCAGUAAUGGUAAAGAUAGUUUCUCUCCAAAUGGGAGCGAUGCAUUUGUACUCACAACUCCACUUUAUUACGUUAAUGCCCCUCCUCAUAUGGGCAGUGCGUAUACCACCAUUGCUGCUGAUGCCAUUGCCCGUUUUCAGAGGCUACUUGAGAAGAAAGUUAUAUUCAUCACUGGCACAGAUGAACAUGGAGAAAAGAUUGCUACUGCAGCUGCAGCUAAUGGUUCCAGUCCAAGUGAACACUGUGACGUUGUAUCACAAGCUUAUAAAGCUCUCUGGAAAGAUUUUGACAUAAGUUAUGACAAGUUUAUCAGAACAACUGAUCCAAAACAUGAAGCUGUUGUGAAGGAAUUUUACUCUCGGGUUCUUGCCAAUGGCGACAUAUACAGGGCUGAUUAUGAGGGACUUUAUUGUGUCAAUUGUGAGGAGUACAAGGACGAGAAGGAUUUGCUGGCUAAUAACUGUUGUCCUACGCACUUAAAGCCAUGUGUGAGAAGAAAAGAAGAUAAUUACUUCUUUGCUUUGUCAAAGUAUCAACAACAGCUGGAAGAAAUUUUAAGGCAAAACCCUGGAUUCGUGCAGCCCUCUUAUCGUCUAAAUGAGGUCCAAGGUUGGAUUAAAAGCGGCCUGAAAGAUUUCUCUAUUUCUCGAGCAUCAGUAGAUUGGGGUAUCGCGGUUCCUAAUGAUCCUGAGCAGACUAUAUAUGUGUGGUUUGAUGCUUUAUUGGGUUAUGUAUCUGCACUUUUGGAGGAUAACGANCUUCCUUGUUGUUGUUCCUUGGUUAACUAUGAAGAGACUCAGAUGUUUGACAUUAAUAUUUUUUCUGUAUUACGUUCAAAGUUCUCAUUUUGGAUGCUUCUUUGGUUAGACCUAAAAGACAUAUUGCGAUUUCAUGCUGUUUAUUGGCCAGCUAUGUUAUUGUCAGCAGGAAUUGGCCUCCCUAAGAGGGUAUUUGGCCAUGGAUUCUUGACCAAGGAUGGCAUGAAGAUGGGCAAGUCACUUGGAAAUACGCUUGAGCCAACGGACUUGGUUCAGAGAUUUGGACCUGAUGCAGUGAGGUACUUUUUCCUCAGGGAAGUUGAAUUUGGUAAUGAUGGUGACUACUCAGAGGAACGGUUCAUCAACAUCAUAAACGCACAUUUAGCUAAUACCAUUGGUAAUCUUCUAAACCGCACACUUGGACUUCUGAAAAAGAACUGCCAAUCAACUCUGGCGGUUGAUUCAUAUGUUGCGGCAGAAGGAAACAAAUUCAAGGUUGCGGUGGAAAAACUGGUAGAGAAGGCACGUGUGCAUUAUGAAAAUUUGGAGUUAUCAGCAGCUUGUGAGACUGUGCUGGAGAUUGGUAAUGCUGGAAAUUCAUACAUUGAUGAGCAGGCACCGUGGUCUCUUUUCAAAAAAGGGGAGACAGCCUUUGAAACUGCAGCAAAGGAUCUUGUAAUUAUACUGGAAGCAAUGAGAAUCAUAGCAGUCGCGCUAUCCCCGAUUACACCAGGCUUAAGCUUGAAGAUAUAUUCACAACUUGGCUACACUGAGGACCAAUUCAAUGCUGUUAACUGGAGUGAUACCAAAUGGGGCGGGCUGAAAGCUGGUCAGGUAAUGGCACAGCCGACGCCAAUUUUUGCCAGAAUAGAAGAUGCAACUGAAGCAGAAACCAAAGGUGCAGCAACAAAGAAAGUUAAAAAAGAGAAGGUGCCGAAAAGUAAGAGUCCUGUGGAAGCUUAGAACUCUUUUUCAUUGUAGUCCUUCUAAUGCCUUUUUACUUCCUCUUUGAAAUGUAAAACAUAGAUUCAUUUACAUAAAUAUUUUUUUUGAUGAAGAAUAUAUUCAUUUACACAAAUAUAGUUUGUGUGAUACUGCUAGUU